ACUAAAUUCAUAAUUUAAAUUUGAUAAAUUGUUACACGUUUUGAAAUCAGAAAAAAUGAGGGACUUCAGAGACUGAGAUAUAUAUGAAAAUAGAAAUAGAGGAAAUGAAAGAAAGAAAAGAACUAAAAAAAAUGGAAGAGAAAACAUGAAUAAAACUGGAUUGAAUUAUUUAGCUGUGAUGUCAUGAAUUCUCGAUACAAGAAGUGUGUUGCCAGGUCAACCAUGACUGAAAGCAAAGCUUUUUCGACGCUAGCAAAGACAUGAAAAUCUCUCAUAAUUUUGUUGCUUCCAAAGCAAUAGCGAUAUUACUCUUAUCCUUAACCUUAGUGUUAGCAUACGUUUGGUACUUCGGAGAAAAAGGAACUGCCAAAAACAAUGCAAAGAUGAUUUAUAUUCUGUGUUUUGGUGACUCCAUUACAAAAGGGAACACUGGCAAGGGAUUCAAUCAUCCAUAUUCYCUCGCUCUUACAAAGCAUUUGAACAACAAGCUUCGCAAGAGGGAUUAUCAAGGCAAAUUUGUUGUACAUACGAGCGGUAUAAAUGGCGAAAGAGCACAUAUUAGCAUGGAGACAAGACUUCCAACUCUUCUAAGGAAUAAAAMGUACGAUUGGGUUAUCAUCCUUGGAGGAACUAACGAUUUACGAGUGUUAUUUGAAAGCAACCCCCUCAAUGAGAAAUACGAUAGAAAACAUUACGAACCGAUUCUCAAGGCUUUGAAAAAACUACAUAGAACUGUCCAUAAAUAUGGCGGGAAAACAGUGCUUGUGACUAUACCAGGAAGRCUGUGCGAGGAAACGGCCAAUUGCAAGCAGUUAAAAACAGUUAGACUUUGGCUCAAUGAACGAUUAAGACUAUUUGCAGCAAAGCUUAAAAAUAAAGUUGUCUUGGCUGAUUUAGACAGGUUUAUGAAUAUAAAUAGGUCUCGAAAGUUCUGGAGUGAUGAAGUACACUUCACACCGGAUGGGUAUGAUAACAUGGGAAAGAUUAUAUAUAAUUCCAUUAGUACCUCCAUGCACUAGAAUAGACCAUCUUGGACAACAUGUACUAUAGAUAAUUGAAAAAAUUUAAUUAUAAUAAAAUUAGGUGUGAAACUUUUAAAA